CUGCUCUGUGUGGGCUCAGUGCGCCGAGCACGUGCGCUUUGUUUUGCAGCGUGAUGACGCCACGCGUACAUUGCAGGAAGUAGUCCACACCAAGCAAACACGGGAUAUAUGCUGCUCGUGUAUACCAAGAUUAUAAAGGAUGGGAGUGAAAGGUCUUCAGUACUUCAUGGACUGUUGCUGUCCAGGAGCCUGUGUGACUGUGAACCUGAGAGAGAUGGCCAGACAACAUGCUGACAAGAGCCAGCAAGGUUUCACUACCACAGCUAACACUACCAACCCCACAAUCGUUGUGGAUGGCAUGGCCUGCCUACGCCACUGGUACUCAUGUAAGGACUGGAUUUGUGGGGGGCAGUGGCGGGAGUACAUGGAUGUGCUAAAGCGCUGGGUGGAGGCCUUCACCUCAGCAGGCAUCAGACUGGUCUUCUUCUUUGAUGGGGUGGUGGAGGAGAAGAAGAGACAGGCGUGGGUGAAGAGGAGACGCAGAGUAAACAGGGACGUUUCUAAAAUGUUUCGUCACGUGAAGGCAUACGGAGAGCAGCCCGGUAGAGAGCUCUUUUGUCUGCCUUCUGGUCUGGCAUCAUUCACACGCUUUGCUCUCAGCUCACUGGGUCAGGAAGUGUUUUGCUCGGUGCAGGAAGCUGACUAUGAGAUUGCCAGCUAUGCUCGUCAGCACGGCAGUAUGGGCAUUCUGGGACAGGACUCAGACUUCAUCAUAUACGAUAGUGCCCCCUACUUGUCUGUGGCAAAGCUGCGGAUAGACAGCCUCACCACUGUCCUGUACGACCGACAGAGACUCUGCCAAACCAUUGGACUGGCUGUUACCCAGCUACCGCUGCUGGCCUGUCUCCUUGGUAACGAUGUGGUGUCAGAGGAGCGGAUGCAGCAUGUCAGAAACAACGCCAUGGAAACAUACAGAACAAACGAUCCUGCAUCACACUCUGGUGCUCCUCAGGGGCAGAUGGUGCUAGCUGUAUCCCACCUUGUGUGCUCCUUGUGGAGUAGAGAGGAGCAACAGACUGGGCUCAUCCCUCAGUCUCUGGAUUUGUCAGCUCCUCAAAAAGAACUAGUGAAGAAGGGGGUUCGCUCCUAUUUACUGCCCGGACAGGAAGGUCUUCAGCAAGGUGACAUUUCUGUGCCUCCCUGUGGCUUUGAGAAACACGUUAGUCCAGAAAUAUUAAAGGCAUGUAGAGAGAAGCACGUAGCAGCAGAGGGUUACAUGGUUUACAGUGUUGUGUGUGAGGGAGUCAUUGAAUGUAGCAACACUCUGGAGGACGAGGAGGACGCUGAGUUGCAGCCUCAGGCUCUUGUCUACAAGCCAUGCAGACAACGCAUCUACGGGCUGCUGCUGCUGCAGGGGCAUGAUGGCAGCAGUGACGACCUUCCAGCAAUUAAGGAAUGGUUUGUCUACCCUGGAAAUCCUCUGAAGGAACCUGAAAUAGUUCCCGCUGUCCCAAACAGCCUUCCAGGUGAUCAGCCCAGUCUGGACUCGUUAUGGUUUGGUUCUGGUUCUGAAGUUUCUGCUCUUCGCCUGACGUGCUUCCUUUCGAUUUUUGACUGCCAGGAGUUCUCAGAGUUGCAUGGAGCCAUUGAGGACUCUCUCCUGGCUGCUCUCUGCCUGGUCACUCACAUAGUCCUCCAGGGCCAAACUUUGUCUCAAGAGGAUGUUGAUGCCUACCUGAGCCAGGCUGUGUGUCUGAGACUAAAAUCCCCCAAGGAGCUCCAACAGAUCAAGCUGCCUUUCCUAUCCAGUCGUGCGGUGCAGCUGGGAUCUCUCUACAUCCGAGGACUGAGCCACCUGCUGGGUGCUAACUGUGCCAGUGGCUGCCCGCUGCCCAACGCUGCCCUCAUGCCUUGGCACAGCUUCGACGGACGGCUGUUCCACUCAAAGUACCUGCUGGCACAUAGUGGCACAGAGAAGUCUGUGUUGCUGGACAGCGAUUCGUCCUGUUUGUCUCUUUUUCUCCACCUGAGAGAGAAACUUACAGAAACCUGCAGGAAGCAAGGCAGAGUUCUGCAGUCCAGACCCCGUGUAACAGAACAUAAAACCACACCAGGACCCAGAUACAGAGGGAGACACACAGGCCGGCCUCCAGGUGGAGAGAACUGGAGAGAAAGAGGAGAGACGACAGGAGACCAUCGACAUGGAGGAGGAGGAUGGAGGGAGAGAGGGGAGGCAAGAGGAGACCCGCGUGAAUAUGAAAACAGUGAGAGACUGUGGGACAGAGGAGGAGGGAUGAGAGGAGGCCAUUUUCACCCUCAUCCUCAUUCUUAUUCUAACUGGCAUGAUGGAGGACCCCAGAACUGGAGCCGUCCUCCAAGACAGUCCAGAGGUCGAUCGUACGGUAACACAGGAAGAUACCAGCUGGCUCCGAGAUGGUCACAGCCUCCUGCACCAGGAACAUAACUCGACCCUGAACAGAGAGGAGGGAAGAGGAGGAUUAGAGGGGAGGAUUGAGGAGUUAAGAGGAUGGGAAACAGAUGAUGAAAGGAGCAGAGGAAUCAAAUUUCUCUGAACAAACUGAUUAGUGAAUUACCCGUCAGGAGUGUUUGUCUAAAGGAUGCAGUAGGUAGAGAAAUGGGGAUUAAGAGGAGGCAGAAUGAAGAGAUUAGGAAUAUGUUAUUCAAUUUACCAUUUUAAUCUGAAAUUGUCUUUUUGUGCUUCUCAAAAUAAUCCCGUAGACAUACUUUCAAAGUCCAUCAAUUCAAAGCCUCUCCUUUAUCUCGGGGCAUCUUACCUUUCUCACUGUGGCAGAAAAUGAACAGUAUGCAUGAGCACUCACCAAACAAACACAGAAAUAAGCCACUUUGAAAAUGCGCUGAGUGGAUUAGAGGUUAAUCCUCAAGCCUGUUUUCACCUCUUAUCUUUGACAAUAAAAGGGCAGAGAUCUUAAAAGCUGUGUGUGUCCAGUAGAAUAAUCCUUUUAAAGGAAUGGUUUUAACUGGAGAAACAGUAAUGCCGGUAUCAGAUAUCGGCUGAAAUAGGGCAUCAGUACAACAGAUUUAUACCCGCCUGUAAACUGAUACCGAGAGCCGUUUGUGACAUGUCAAAAACAAAGUGAGACAACUUGAGUUUCAGCUUUUGUCAUACACAGAAGAAUGUGGUUGUCUGUAAUGGAUACUAAUGGAGAAAGAGGUUUAUAUGUUUAACUGUUUUGUACUGACGUAAAUGUUUUCUCUUGAGGCCGGUGCGUCCUUUCUUAUUUGACGAGGUCGACCGUUAGUGUUUUAUUAAAGGCCGUAUGAUAAUGACAGUUUGGAGCAGGGAAAGCUGAACGUUGAUUUUUUCAAUUAUUCAUACAGUAGUCACCUAUAACCAGUGGUGUAGUGGAGGAUAUAUUGAGGUAUGCUGGGUACACUCACAUCUUUUUCUGGCCAUUUAUAAUAUACCCACCUGUAAGCUUAAAAGCUACUGGACAGUAUACCCACUUUCUCCUUGGUAACCUACCCAUCUACCUAGUCGUCCACCCACCUCAUCAACUACCACGACACCACUGACUAUAACUACAAAAUGAAAUUACUGACUGAGUUUAAUUUACUGUGCCGCUCAAAGGCUACUGCCAGCAGCUACUGGCAACUUUUAAAGUGGAAUGUUUUCUUGCAUGUCACUCAAUGGACAAUUGACAUAAAUCAGUCAAUCAAGAUAAAAACCAUUCCAUUUGUUUUUAUUGACUCUUGCAUACACUUUCAAUUUCAACCAGUUAAUGUGAACAGUAAAUUGUUGCAAGCACACUCCGGGCGCAUUGCACUGCAACUCAUUAGCAGACGACCACACGCGUCCAGGAGCACUGAUGUGGGAUUGCACAUUAAAAAUGAAACGUGCGGCAUUCGCUGCCGGUGUGUUUUGGCCUUAAACAUUCUGAUGCA